AUGUCUGAAAGACCAAGUAGAGACAGAGAUAAAGGGAGGAAAUGGGAAUCCGGAGCAUUAAAAAGAAAAAGAAAGGUUGAAGCUGUUAUAUCCAACCAAACUCUAAGUUCCAGCAUGUUGAAAUUUCUCAAGAAACCGUCUUCGAGUGUCACUGCUUCAGAGUCAUCUGAUGAAACUUUAGUUUCUGAGCCAGUAUCAGAGUCAAAUGAAUCUUUUUUUGGAAGUUCUGAUACAGUUUUACCUGCAACAUCGAGCGAACCUACUACGAUCCAAAUGUCGGAACCCAAUAUAGAGUUACAAAGUAAAACGUUGUGUGACUCAGAAAAUCAAGUGGAAGGAGUUCAUUUAAGAAAGUCAUUUAUAGACUUAGAUCCAGGAAAAUGGGUAUUUCCAGUAUUAUGGCCAGGAAUAUGGGGAUUCGCGGCGUCAUGA